AUGUAUCAACGACUGGUAGGUAAACUGAUUUAUCUAUCAGAUACACGGCCAGACAUAGCAUAUGCAGUCAGCGUCAUUAGUUAGUUCAUGCACAAUCUGAAACAAAUACAUUUACAGGCAGCAUAUCCUGUUCUACACUUUCUAAAAGGAACACCAGGAAAAGGUAUUCUGUUAAAAAAACAUGAUUAUCUAACACUUGAAGUGUACACAGAUGCAGAUUAUGCUGGAUCUAUUGUAGAUCGACGAUCAACAUCAGGAUACUGUACAUUUCUUAGAGAUAAUCUUAUUACUUAG